GAUGAGGCCAGCAAGCAAAGAACCAACGCGCCGGAGCCGCCCUUCAUCUCCGUUAAGGGACCGAAACCCAAUCUCGCCCAGGUCUCGUCACUCCGGGCCCACACCACCACGAGCCUUUCUCCUCGAUGACGUCACCGACUUCAACAACCCAAGAAGCUUCCCUCACAAUGUGAAGAAGCAAUGCUGGGAGAAGGCGGAGAAGAUCAAAGGGCGGGACCCGGAUCGCUGGCGGCGAGACCCGCUCGGAAACACAGUGUUCCGGAAGCUCGUGGGCUGCCCCGGUUGCUUAUGUCAUGAUUACGAUCACAUUGUGCCGUACUCUAAGGGAGGAGAAAGUACGCUCGAAAAUUGUCAGGUUUUACAGGCAAAAGUGAACAGAUCAAAAGGAAACCGAACAGAGUUUUCCAGGGCUGAGCUCAUACAGAAAAGUUCUUACUGUCGGGUUUCAGGUCGUGAUAUGGAUCUAAUUGAACUGUCAGCCUAUGGUAAUGUCAGUCCUGCAAAAGAAGAUUCAUACUGUCGGGUUCCAGGUCGUGAUAUUGAUCUGAUUGACUCAGCCAAAGGCAACAUCCGCAAUGCACAAGAGUUUUGGGGGUGUACAAUCCAAUAAUCUGUUGUGUACGCAUUAAGUUCUAACAUGGAGACUGGAAAACUAGGUUCCAGUCAUAUUUGUAUCAAGCUGCAUAGAAUGUCAUUCAGUGAUUGUAAGAGGAGCAGUAUGAGGACAGUCCAUUUACAAAUCCUCAUGCGCAAGGUUAGCUAUCUGUAAAGUGAAAACCAUAGCUUGUUGAUUACACUUGUGAUGGAUGUAUGCAUGGUCACGAUAAAUGAAAAUUCUUCCUUGAC